AUGGAGUCAGUAAGCAGUACAGAAUUUUUGAAACCUCUCUGGUCUUGUUGGAAAAUUUUAGGCGUUGCACGUCUUAAAGUAGAACAUAAGAGAGCAUAUCUCUUAUAUGGCAUACUAUUUAAUAUUGCUGUGACAAUUUACUAUCCGACGCAUUUAUUACUAUCAAUGUUCAGGAACCAAAGCUUAAGCAAUGAUAUUAAAAACUUUGGCAUCAGUAUUACUUGUGUAGCAUGCAGUCUAAAGAUCACAAUUUAUGCUAUAAAGUUGCAUCGCGUCCAAGAAAUGGAAGCUAUAUUACAGCAAUUGGACAAAAGAAUACAAAGUGCAGAUGAAAGAAAACAAUUUCAAACAUUGCGAAAUGAUAUGAGGAAUAUUGCAUACAGUUUCUUGAUAGUGUAUUUUCCCUGUAUUGUUACAGGUGCUAUUUCUGUGCUCUUCAAAGACGAAUGGAGUCUACUUUAUCCAGCUUGGUUUCCUUUUAACUGGCGUGAAUCCAUAAGUUAUUUUCUAUUGGCAAAUCUAUUUCAGAUUGUAGGCAUCAGUUUUCAGCUUUUACAAAAUUAUGUGGACGAUUGCUUUCCACCAAUGGCAUUGUGUUUAUUGUCAGGACAUAUUAAACUGUUAUCAAUGAGAGUUUCCAAGAUUGGUUACAAAAAUAAAGAAUUUGCAAAAAAUGAAGAAGAACUACGACUGUGCAUUUUGGAUCAGAAAAAUCUGUACAAAUUGUUCGAUAUUAUAAGCAAUAUCAUAUCAUUUCCGAUGUUUAUACAAUUUGCAGUUACUGCUACAAAUAUUUGUUUAGCUAUGGCAGCGGUGAUUUUUUACGUCGAAGAUCCAUUGGAUCGUCCAUAUUAUAUCACUUACUUUUUUGCAAUGCCAAUGCAAAUAUUUCCAACUUGCUAUUAUGGUAGUGAGUUUGAGUACCUUUUCGGGACAUUACAAUAUGCAGUGUUUAAGAGCAACUGGAUGGAUCAAUCCCCAAAAUAUAAGAAGCAUAUGAUACUUUUUACUGAGCGUUCGAUGAAACCCAUCAAAGCAGUUGCUGGAGGAAUGCUUCGCAUACAUUUGGAUACAUUCUUUUCCACUUGCAAAGGCGCUUAUUCCUUGUUUGCUGUUAUUAUUAGGUUAAAUAGUAAUAAUUAG